AUGAGCACUACGAAUCGGAGCUUCAUCGGCGAUAACACUAAUGGUGAUGCAGAUUCCCGAACAAAUAUAGCCGCUAUCGAUACUGGUAGUAUCGUUCCACCGAUCACCCGCGUGAGUCGAGCUUGUGAGCCUUGUCGUAUCAGGAAAACAAAGUGCGACAUAGCGACAAAAUCGGUCUGUGGUGAGUGUAUCAGAAGGAAGAAGGAGGGAGAAUGUGUACUUCGUGAAAAAGCUCGCCCGGGCAGACGUGCGUCGAAGAGGCCUCUCUCACCGAUACUAUCUGCGACAGCCUCUGCGUCCUUGCCUGGUACAGCGCACCGGUCCAUCCCCUCACCUGUAUCCCAGCCAUUACCAUCCCCGCGUUCUGGUCAGCAGAUGGGUGAUCACUCUUUUUCUGUUACCUUCGACACUUUGGAUUCCGUUGAUAUUCCAAGCAUACCAACUCCAGACUACAACUCGAACGCUGCCCCUGCCCAAGCACCAUUUGGCUCGAGCGGGUCACCCAGGUUUUCGAGCACUGCAUCCACAGCUGAAAAUACAAAGGCAUCAGCAAGCAAUGCUGUUAGAACGGUGGAGAAGAUUCUGGAACACAUGACAACAGAGCGCUUCGGAUUAAGCAUUUCUCUUGCAAUCCCCUCUGAGCACAUCUUUUCUAUUCGCUCCACGCCCCGUAUGACUUUGCACCAAAUUGGCCUUGCCCCUGGUACAGCGACGUCAAUCAUCAAAGCACGGGAAUGGAUAGGCUCGCACUUUGCUGCAAUUCAUCACAACACGCCCUUUCUACAUCUUCCUCAAAUCCAUGAUAUAGCGACGCGCUUCUUCAAUCCACCAUCCCCGCACGUCGAUUCCAUUGAUCCCCUGGGCACAGCAGGUCGAGUGGGUAACGACGAGGCAGCGCUGCUUCUCGCUAUUUUGGCCCUUGGAAGCUUUAGGCGGGAGACAUGGGACGAUCAACGCAAGUCAUAUCGAAAUUUCCAUUCCUCGACAGGCAGCGCUACUACCACUACAAGUGAUAUGCCAGGCGACAGAGGGCCCAGUGUCAAUAUGGUUGGCGACGCUUCCCAAUCUGGAGUUGUACCACUCACGUUGUUCCGACUGGCGCAAGAUGAGCUCGAGGAGUUGGAGUAUCCAUCAGAAGCUGCUGUCCAGGCAUUAUUUUUGCUUCACACGUUCGUGAGCAACACGUCCAUGGGAAGAAGAUCACGGGAUUUCGUCGCACGAGCGAUCAUGAUGGCUCACGAGAUCGGGUUGAACCGUACCAUACCUUUGGAUCUAGACGUGUCUCACACUGAGGGCAAUCGCACGCAGGCGAUAUCAGAUACCUCGGUGACACGGAGGAGAGCGGUUUUGUAUCUCUACGUGUAUUUUUCUGAUGUUUAUUUGGCCGCUUUGGACAACAGUCCACCCUUGAUCAAACGUCAUGAUUAUUCCCCUGAUUUGUUCGACCCUAUUCUUAAUCCCGCUUCAACAUCUGGCUCGGAAACGCCAUCAGGUUCUACAACAACUUUGGGUGCUUUUGUCGAUCUGGUACGGACUUCGGGUGAAAUGCUCGAAAUUCUGCAUGGCAAUAAGCACCGACGUAUGCGUCAAUCAUUCGAGAGCUCUACUCCGGGUGACGAGAAGGGCGACGGAACAUCCGCAGAAUUGAUACUGCAGUUGGAUGGCCAAAUGCUCAGUCUGCGUGACCGGCUCGGUACUGGCACAUUCGACAUCGCGUUAGGCGGGGAAGUCAAUGUCGACCCGAGCACCAGAGGUACCACUGCUGGAAAGCUGCUGAGGCAAAUCCAUUAUAACUGGUUUCGUAUAGCUUUGAGAGCACCGUUUCUGAAUCACCCACUACUCGGACACUCUUCACUUGCUAUGUGUGCUAGCAGCGCUCUUUCCCUCCUUCAUUCACAUCGCUACGUCAUAAAUUCUGGCUUGUUGAACCUGCCAUGGAUGCAGCUUCGACGAAUUACUACGGCUAUCCAUAUCGUAUUCAUCGCCUAUUGGAAGGGAGAGAUCCCAUACACCUCGGCCGCUACUGCGAUCAAUAAUGCGCUCACUCUCUUGACGAUCAUGAGCGCUCGGUGGCAAUCCGCUCUGAGUAUUGCAGUGCUCACCAUCGAUCUUGCCAAGCGCAGUGAUCUACCAGUGCUACAGCUAGCACAUGCGGCUAGUCUAUCGGCCAACGAGCUCCCAGACCCACCGCCUCUUGCUUUCCCUCCAGCUGCUAACCCCGAGGCGGAUUUCGGAACCCUGUUCCAGCUUGCUUCCACCUACAUGGAACAAAAUAGGCAUGAUCAGGGAGAUCUGGAGCUAUCGCAAGGACUAGCAAGGGAUGGUACAUCACUCUCGGCCUGGCUUUCAUCAUCCACCGCCGAAGACGUCGUAUGGCCUGACACUUCGGUGGACUUCUGGACUGAUCUGAUCGGCCCAUUUGGAUAA